AGCUGCGGAGGAUCUGAACGGUCAGUUCACUUUUUCCAGCCAAGUUUGAGGACGUAUUUUCCGCUCUGUUUUUUGGUCUCUCCGGUGAUGCCUCCAGACUGGAGCCGCUCCGGGACGCACCCAAACCCGACAGGUGCAGCUCUUAUACACGACCAAAGACUUUGUGAAAGCUGUUUGCGCGCAAAGAUGAAGAAAAACUGAAAUUUUGUGGCAAGAUUUUCGCUUUUUUUUUUUUUUUUUUUUUUUUUUUUGGACAGAUUAUCAGAAACCAGAGAUGGAUCGAUCAUUUUGGAAAACGCAUCAGUUUGAUCUUACGGGUUAGACAGAACCACACGAUGCUGCUUCCAUUCUCGAGGUUACUGUGUUUGUGGCUCUGCAGCGAGGCCGUCGCAAGUCAGUUCCACUGGCAGAAAACAAAGGCGACUUUCAGUCCUCAUUAUGAAUCCACCGCCGCUGAUAGGAAUGCGCAGAGCCGGAGAUGGCGCACAGUCAUCGGGAAGGACAAUGGGGACGCCGGUGCGAGUGCGCAGGCCUCGUGGCUGGAUACUGUAAACCCGUCAUCCUCUGAGCUGCUGAGGACACAGAUACCCCUGCGCGCUGUGCGUAAAAGCGACGCGCAAGAUGGAGCGCGGCGCAUCCGACCUGUACCCGGAGUUGAACCUUUACGCACGGAUGUAAACACGGCUGGUGAGCCGCGGAGUGAUGGAUGCAGUCCGGGAGAAGUGCUUAUACACACCCCGCAUGGACGCACCUGUAGCCUCGAGAGGACCGGACACAACCGGCGGCAGAGAAGGAGAGCAAAACCGAGCAUGACGAAGCGGAGCGAGCCACUGCAGGACGGAGCCACGGCCGCGUGGGAAGCUCUGCCCGCGGCCAUGGCGCAAGAACAAGAAGCCGGACACCCCUUCGGACUCAACACCAGUGACUCUGAGGACGAGUAUUCUCUGCCGGACUUUCCCGACACCACGCCGUUCGUGCCGGUGAACACGCGGACCAGACGCAAGCAGGUGAACAACCCGUUCUACCCGGUCACCGCAGAGACGUACGGAGCGUACGCGGUCAUAAUCACGGCCGCCGUCAUCUUCACUGUGGGGAUCAUCGGGAACGUGUCGGUGAUGUGCAUCGUGUGUCACAACUACUACAUGAGGAGCAUCUCCAACUCGCUGCUGGCCAACCUCGCGCUCUGGGAUUUCGUCAUCAUCUUCUUCUGCCUGCCGCUCGUGGUGUUCCACGAGCUCACCAAGAACUGGCUGCUGGGGGAGUUCUCGUGCAGGAUCAUCCCCUACCUGGAGGUGGCUUCUCUCGGGGUCACGACCUUCACACUGUGCGCUCUGUGCAUCGAUCGUUUCCGCGCUGCCACCAACGUGCAGAUGUACUACGAGAUGAUCGAGAACUGGGCGUCCACCACGGCCAAGCUCGCUGUCAUCUGGGUGGGCGCUCUGCUGCUGGCGCUGCCCGAGCUGCUGAUCCGACAGCUGGUCACUGAGGACGGUGACCCGCCUGACGUGACGCCGUGCGAGCGCUGCGUGGUCCGGAUCUCCACUGACCUCCCGGACACGCUGUACGUCCUGGGACUCACCUACGACAGCGCGCGCCUCUGGUGGUACUUCGGCUGCUACUUUUGCCUGCCAACGCUGUUCACCAUUUGCAGCUCACUGGUCACCGCCCGCAAGAUCCGCCACGCAGAGCGGGCCUGCGUCCGCGGCAGCAAAAAGCAGAUCCAGCUGGAGAGCCAGAUGAACUGCGCCGUGGUGGCGUUGGCCAUCCUCUACGGGUUCUGCAUAAUUCCGGAGAACAUCUGCAACAUCGUCAGCGUGUACAUGGCAGCCGGCGUUCCCAGGAGAACCCUGGACAUCCUGCAGCUGGUCAGCCAGCUGCUGCUCUUCUGUAAGUCUGCGGUGACGCCGGUGCUGCUGUUCUGCCUGUGCCAGCCGUUCACCAGAGCCUUCCUGGACUGUUGCUGCUGCUGCUGCGAAGAGUGCGGCCCGCCCCGCUCCCCCGUCACCACCACCAGCGCCGUCGACAACGAGUGCACCACCACCGAGCUGGAGCUGUCGCCGUUCAGCACCAUCCGCAGGGAGGCGUCCACCUCGGCCGCCUACGCUGCUGUGGGGACGCACUGCUGAGGUCAAAGGUCAAAGAUCAACAGCGUUACCGUGCGCUCACACCAGAAGCUUCAUGAGCUACAAAAGCGGCCGGCAGUCAUUCAUUUUCAAUGAGAGCUGGCGACGAGAGGCGUCCGACGCCGCAAUGCCAGCGGCCAGAGCGACGAGUUGAAGCGACACACUGAAGCAGCAACCAAUUGCUGAUUGGGAUUUGAUUUUCUUCCCCCUGUAAACGUCUCCCUAUGUACUGAAGUUCCUAGCAAAUAUUUGUUCCAUACUGACAAUGGAGGAGAAACUGAUUGUUGCGGUCCCCAGUUUCCCAGAGUUUCCCGCCCAGCGGCGCUCAUGAAGCUUCUGGUGUGAGCGCACUAUUAGGCGGCGCUUGUUCCGGGUCGUUCCUCUGAUGUGAUUAGGAAUUGGAUUGGUGGACGCGAUGACAUAUCAGGCUGUAAAUUCCUCAGUUUUUUAAAACUUGAGUGGAAAAGACCCCCAACUGUCGAACACAUUAGUGUUUACUGACGUGGCUGAAGACGUCACUGCUUGUCCAUUCACUGUUUACAGAAUUUAUAUAUGAAACAACACAGUCAGUAUUAGUUAUAGCAUUUAUUUGUUUAGUUCUUUUUAAUUAACUCACCAGUAUUUUUACUGAAUCUGCACUCAGUCUUACUUUUUGCUCAUUGUCACUGUGUUUUACAGAAGCUGAGAGCAGACGUGGAACCUGAUAACUUUUUCUGCUCCUUUUCUUGAGAUCACGACUUCACGUCUAACAACGCAGACUAAGAUCACAAACAAAUGUGGUUUGACAUCUUGAAAUACGUGAUAAUUAAAUUGGGUAAUGCUUUAUUUUAUGUCUGUAAUUUCAUAACAAUUUCCUCGGAAAAAAAGAGAUUAUUUUAGUUAGAGUUUAGUUAGUUGUGUUGAAUUUAUAAGUAGUUUCCUGUGAGGAACUGCUCCAUUUAAACCCAAAAUAUUCAUUUUUUAUGAAUUUUUUAUUGGAAACUUUACUCUCCAUAUAUGUUGCUAUUUUCUCUCUUUUCCUUUAAAAAAAGUGUCAAAUUACAUAGUUCUGUCCAGGAAAUGUUCAAGGAAAUUAUUAGUAAAUUACAGACCCCUAAAAUAAAGUGUUCCCUUAAAUUGUUGUGUUGGGAUAACAGGCAUAAAAACUGAUCAUCAACCAAUUGUCGCUAUCAAUACCUGUAGUUUUUUUUCUAUUGGAUGUUCUUGGUUGUUUUCUUUUCCUUCUUUGUGUGAGUGAGUCAAUGGGACGUACAGUAAUAUAUUGAAAAGGGCUGUUGAUGCUGUCUCGUGUUUGCUGACGAUGUUCUUGUGAAUCACUACACUCUGCUCAGUAUGUAAUGUGACAGUUGUUGUUUUUUUAGCCACAAGAGAAGUGUCACUUUAAUUAAAAAUUAUUUUAAAAUAGA